GGGUCCACCUUGAGGCCGCGACGACAGUCAGCGUGGUCUUCUCCCGACUACGCAAGCAUACCCUUAGAGCCCAGCGCGCUGUGCGACAUCAAUUCCUUUGUCAACGUUCGACAAGCGGGGCACGCUCAAGUAAUGCUCUGUGCUCAGGAUAUUUCGGUGGGCAAGUGGAGCCCGGUAUGCCCGAGUCUGUGUGAUCGGGCUCGGGAGCCGCGUCUCGACGUUUGACACAAUCACACCACCGUUUGUGUAGGCUCUUGUGCUACCCAAAACCACGUCACUGUAGUCUGCAGUCAUGGCCGAUACACUCCCCUUCACUCCAAUCGACGAGAUCCCAAAGAUUCACCGCGAGCUGGGCGAGGUCUUCCAAACGGGCAAAACGCGGUCCAUAGCGUUCCGCAAACAACAGCUUCUCCAGCUCUGCUACCUCUUGCAGGAUAACACCGAGCGCUUUCAAGAAGCGCUCUUCUCAGACCUGGGCCGGCCCCGAGAGGAGGCAGCUUAUCUUGAACUUAUUGGCACGCUGUUGGAGGUAAAGGACGCACACGACAAAGUCAACAAGUGGGCGAAGACCAAGAAGUCGCCCUUCCAUUUUCUGUGGGGGACAUUGUCACCGCAAACGAGGAAGGAACCGAAGGGUACCGUGCUCAUCAUCAGCCCGUUCAAUUAUCCGAUAUGGUUGACAUUAUGUCCGGUGUCUUCAGCCAUAGCAGCUGGUAAUGUUGUCCUGCUCAAGCCAUCGGAAUUAUCGCCUGCGACUGCUGCGCUCCUGACGGAGCUGAUACCCAAGUACCUCGACCCCGACCUGGUUCGCGUAGUCAAUGGUGGUGUUCCCGAGACUACGAAGAUCCUUGAGCUUCCGUUCGACCAUAUCUUGUAUACAGGGAAUAAUCGCGUCGCGAAGAUUGUUUCCGCCGCCGCCGCACAGCACCUUACGCCCGUAACUCUGGAGCUUGGAGGGAAGAGUCCUUGCGUCAUCGACCCGAAGUGUAACGCCAAAGUUGCGGCGAAGAGGAUCAUGUGGGGCAAGCUAUUGAAUUGCGGUCAGCUAUGUCUCGCACCGGACUACAUCCUUGUCCCAGAGUCCUUUCAAGACGAGUUCGUGGAGGCUCUCGUGAACGCAUACCACGAAUUGCAUCCCACCGAUCCCAAGACCUCGGGAAUGGUUGGGAAGAUUGUGAACGAACGUCAUAUGAAGCGCUUGAAACAACUGUUGAAUGACACUAAAGGAGAGAUAGUGUUCGGCGGAGAGGUGGACAUGGCAGCCAAGUACAUCGCGCCUACGUUGAUCAGGGAUGUAACGCGUGACGAUGCGCUCAUGAGCGAGGAAAUUUUCGGUCCAUUGCUUCCUGUGGUGCCUGUCAAAGACGUCGAGGAAGCGAUCGCUAUCGUGAAUAGCAUGGAUCAUGCCCUCAAUCUGUAUAUCUUCUCUGAUGAUCGUGCAUUCAAGGACAAGGUACUGAAUAGGACGAGGAGUGGUACGGCAUCGAUGAACGAAGUCGUUCUCCAUGUCAUAGCGAAUGACGCGCCGUUUGGAGGCGUAGGCGGCAGUGGUCAUGGAUACACAACCGGUAAAGCGGGUUUUGACACGUUCACUCACUUCCGAUGUACGGUCGACCACCCUGCUUGGUACGUCGACAGCUGCUGCCGCGCAUCUGUCCCAGUCACACAUUGAUUCAUCGUCAUUCCUCAGGGUUGAACACACUCCCCUGUCAUCACGAUAUACGCCGUACAACGUGAGUCUGCGUGAUGCGCAUCCUGAGGCUGUAUAUGACCUGCUGACUGAUUCUGC